AUGAGUUUACAAGAGUUAAGACCAAGAAGAAAGACAGUUGUUGUAAUUGGAGGUGGUAUAUUUGGUGUAUCAAGUGCAAAUAAUCUAUAUAGAACUUUAGAUCCAAGAUUCUAUGAAGUUAAGUUAGUCACCAUAUCAGAUCAUGUUUAUUUUUUACCAGCAUCUGAUAGAUUAGCUAUCACAAAAGAUUAUAGAAAUGUUAUGAUUCCAAUAAGAGAAGUUUUAGAUAAAUACAUUCCAGUUAUCAAAGGUGAAGUUGUUCAUUUUGAUCAAAAACGUGUAUUAUUUCGUUCUGGGUUUUAUCAAAAUUUUGACGUAUUAAUUAUUGCAACUGGUGCUAAAUGGGCUUCACCAAUCGGUUCCACAAUUAAUUUUAAAGAUAAUCAUCAUAAUUUUUUUGAAAAAGAAGGUAAAAAUUUGAAAAAUGCUAAACAUGUUGUCUUCAUCGGUGGAGGAUUCUUUAGUACAGAAUUAGCUGGUGAAGUUGUUCAUUAUUAUGGCAGAGAUAUAAGAACUGGGAAGAAAAAAGUUACAAUUAUACAUAGUUCUGAUAAAUUACUUCCAAAUAAUGGUUUCUUCACAGAUAAUUUAAGAGAUAAAAUUACAAAUUAUUUAACUUCAAGAGGUGUUACUAUAUUGAAAAAUUGCAGAGGUACACAAUUACCAUUUGAUCCAAAUGUUAUCAUCUUGAAUGAUAAUCCUGAAACAAAAUUAGUUGCAGAUUUAGUUUAUUCAGGUGUUGGUACAAAUCCAUCAGUUCCACCAAAUGAAAUUCCAGAUCUCUGUGAUAGAUCAGGUUAUAUAAGGGUCAAGCCAAAUUUCCAAGCUGAAGCUAUAUCAAAGGGGAACAUAUUUGCUAUUGGGGAUGUUACUGAUUUUUCAUAUCAUGGUAUCGCCAAAAGGGAUAAUUGGGUUAAUACAUUAACUCAUAAUGUACGUCAAUAUUUGAAAUAUGGUAACAAAUACCCGUUACUCCACGCACAAACUUUUAAAAUGGGUGAUACUAUACCUUGUUCAGUUUCAUUAGGUCCAAUUCAAGGGUUUGGACAAAUUGAACUUCCAUUAAUUGGGAAAGCCAUAAAUUUACCUUCGUUCAUCGUCAUACAGACAAAGUCUAAAAAGCUCUUGACUAAUAAAGCUAGGCACUAUUACUCACGCUGA